CCUCACGGCACCCAAGCCCCUCCUCCUCCUCCCAGCACUGCGAUUCCUGCCCCCCCCACAGUACCCGAGACCCUCCCGCACUCCGCUUGGGGUCCCUGGGCCCCUCUUUCCCAGGCUCAGCUGCCUGUGUGCUCCUGGCUCCUCCGUCUUCCUAAUGCUGCGACCCUUUAAUUCAGUUCCUCAUGUUGCGGUGACCCCCCUCAACCAUAAAAUCAUUUUCGUUGUUACUUCAUAAAUAACCGUAACUUUGCUACAGUUAUGGAUCGUAUUGUAAGUAUGUUUCCUCCGAUGGUCUUCGGUGAUGGUCGACACCCCCAACGGCGUCGCGACCCACAGUAACCAGACCACAACAGUGAGUGUGGAGCUGCAAAGACAGGUCAAGGUGCUCCAGCAGGUAGAGCCCUCGACCGUACCCCAAGCCGGCCGGGGCUCAGAGGGGCCGACAGGCGGCCCCGGCACGGAGUCCGAGGCAGGCCGCAGGACCCAGGCUGUGUGUGUUUGAGGAGCGCCGCCCCUGUGUCCAGGAUGCGUUUGGGUCUGUCGGCCAGGAGCGCCCGCUCCGAAGAAGUUAGCGAGGUCUUCCUGGAGGGACCCGCGGAUUGGGAGCUCAACCGCCUGCGACGAAGAUGCAAGGUGAUGGAGGGGGAGCGGCGGGCGUACAUCAAGAAGGUUCAUCAGAACAUCAAAAAGCAACUCGAGGAGAUUCGCCAGCUGGAGAUGUUCAGAGCCAAGCUCCAGAUGCAAAUCAGCGUGGCGCAGACCCAGGUCAAGCGACUGGGAGACAGCAAACGUUUGGAGGACAUGGGUCAUCUGCUCAAGUGCAGGGCCCAGGUGCAGGGCGAGAUCGACGCGCUGCAAGAUCAGACCCGGGCCUUGGACAAGCAGAUCCAGGAGUGGGAGAGCAAUAUCCUCACCCAGAGUAAGACGCCCCCAGCUCCUGGUGUCAUCUUGGAUCAGAAGGUGAAGGUCCAGAGAAGGAUCACAAUCCUAGAAGACCAACUGGACAGGGUCACCUGUCACUUCGACAUCCAGCUGGUGAAGAACGCAGCCCUGCGGGAGGAGCUGGACCUGCUGCGCAUCGAGAGGGGUCGUUUCCUGAACAUGCACCACAAGCUGAAGAAGGACAUCCACCUGCUUCGGGAGAUGGUUGGAGCUCUCAGCACGUCCUCUACUUCUGCUUACACAGCCAGGGAAGAGGCCAAGACCAAGAUGGGCAUGCUGCGGGAGCGUGCGGAGAAGGAGCUGGCUCAGAGUGAGACAGAGGCACAGAUCUUGCUGCGACAGAUAUCGCAUCUGGAGCAGCUGCACCGAUUCCUCAAGCUCAAGAACCAUGAAAGAGAGCCGGAUCCUGAUGUGGUGCAGAAGCAGGAGCAGCGAGCCCGCGAGGUGGCCGAAGGACUCCGAAAGACAUCCCAGGAGAAGUUAGUGCUGCGCUACGAGGAUGCUCUAAGCAAACUGGCCCAACUGACCGGCGAGAGCGACCCUGACCUGUUGGUGGAGAAAUACUUGGAGUUGGAGGAACGCAACUUCGCUGAGUUUAACUUCAUCAAUGAGCAGAACUCUGAGCUGCACCACCUUCAGGAAGAGAUUAAAGAGAUGCAGGAAGCCCUGGUCAGCGAGCAUGCCAGUCAGGAGAGCCAGCAAAUGCAGCAAGAGCAGCAGUACAGGACGCUGCAGCAGAGUGUGGACAAGGUGUGCUUCGAGUCGGAGCAGCUGGAGUCUCGCUUCCAGGUGCUCCGAGCUCAGCUGGAAAAGCUCAAGACUGAUAUCCAGGUUCUCUUCGACAAGGCUAAGUGUGACGGCAGUGGCAUCAAGGAUCUCCUUGGGGUCAAGAGCUACAUCCGGGAUAGGGACAUAAGCCUCUUUCUGAGUACCAUCGAGAAGCGGCUGGUGCAGCUCCUCAUGGUGCAGGCCUUCCUAAAGGUUCAGAACCAAGCCUCUUUGGCUGAGGCUGCACUUCUGGCACUGGGCCAGAGACUAGAGGACCCCUCAAAGAAGACUCCCCCAUUCCAGCCUCCUGAGACCAUGGAGGACUCCUCGAGUGUUGUCGUCAGAGACGACUACCCCAUGAGCAAGGAGGAGCUGCUUAGUCAAGUCAUGAAGUUGGUGGAGCUCCAGGACCUGGAGGAGGCCCAAAGGAAGUUGGACAGCAGUCCGAGCUUGACCUCCAGCACGCAGAUCUCCCUGGCAGGCCCGUCCCUGGUGAUCCCUAAGAGGACCAGCACGGCCCCUGAGUCCAUCCUGAGCCACAAGGGGAAAGCAGGCCGUGGCACUGGCUCCAUCAGCCAUGUCACCUUUGGUGACUCUGCCUCUGUUGCAGUCCCUAUGACCCUGACUUCCACUAAUGCCAGUGGAGCACUGGGGUCCAGCCGGAGCUCUUCGGCGGGCCGUGGGGGCUACAGACAUACCAGCUCCAGCAGCUACCUGGGGUCCACCGGCUAUAUGGAUACCAGCCGAGGCACCGAGAGCACUGGAGGUGGCCUGCAGAGCCAAAGCCUGGGGUCGGAAAUGAGUCGAGGCCUCAGUUCCAGCGGCGGCCAGACAUCCAGUGCCCUCCCUGCCUCUAGGCCCAGCUCCUCCCCUGGGAAGGACUUGAGGGGCUACCACUAGGGCUGCAGGCCUCUCCUUGCCUCAGCUCUUGACAGGUUUUCUAAUCUCUGCCUCCCUUCUCCCCAGACUCCUCUCCAAUCCCUCUACCCCGAGGCCUCUGAAGUUUUCCUCCAUCUCUUCCCAUUUUUCCCCAUUGUUACCUUCUCCACCUUGGCCUUGACUCUCUGUUGUCUCCUUCCUCUUCGCUUCCUCUCUCUACCCCCCUCAUCUCUUUCAAGCUUCCUUUCAUCUGAUGUCUCCUAACUGGAUUCCCCUCCAUUGACUAGGUGAACUGUAACAGUAGGAAAUAAAGGUCAGAGCCCAGCCUUUUCCCAGCCUGGUUCCUACAGGUGUGUUCAAACAUGGUUGUAACUGUUUCAAGCUCAGGGAAUAAUUUAUGAGCCCAUCUCUGUAUCUGCUUAUUCCUGUGUUCGUCCGUCCAUCCAUCCAUCCGUCUUCAGAGUUUUCCCUGUUUCUGGUUCUGCUGGAAUCUGCAUUAGUCAGGACAGGCUGGGUUACGCUGCAGUAACAAACAUCCCCAGCGUCUGGCUCUUAUGUAGCCAGAGAUUCUCUUGCUCCAAUAUUCUGCUGCUUUGUGGGUUGGUUAAGACCUCUAUUCCACAUCCUGCUCCUGCUCAGGCUGACAGGCCAACCUCGACCUGGAGAGGGGGUCCUGGGAAAGGGAAAAAUGGCAACUCUUGGGGCUUUACAUGGGCCCAGGGGUCCCAUCGUGCACACCGACUAGCAGGGCAGCCUUGGCAGGGGCGGGGGAUGGGGCUAGGGGGCUUCGCAGACGUCUCUGACCGGCCCACAGUGGGCCACAGUGGAUGACUCCUGUCUGUCCAUGCCUAAAUGGUCUGUCAAAAUUUAAUCCAGCUAAAGCCAGACAAAAUUCAUCAGUCACCCUCUAGACCUCCUCCCUCCACUUGGGUGAAAACAGCCGGGUACUCUUAAGGGGGUUUGUGAGAACGAAAUACCUCGAUUCAUGUGAAGCAGCUGCCACAGCCUGUCCCGACUGACACAGAGGUCGGCGGAGCUGGAAACGGAAAACUCGGAAAAUGAGGAUGGAUGCCUGUGACUGACUAUACACUGUCAGUACUGUGUGUGUGGCUGUUAUACUGUCAUCUGUAGAAGUGAGAAAGUGUCUCUACAUUUUCAAACACUCUUUUAAAAGCAUUUUCAGAGCCCAACACUUGGAGGCAGAGUUCAAGGCCAGCCUGGCCUCCUGGGAAACAGUUCCAGGACAGCCAGGGCUACACAGAGAAACCCUGUCUCGACAUCCCUGCUUCCUGUACUAAAAGAUUAUACCUGUAGUAUUGAUUAAUGGCUAAUAUAAAUGCACUCCACUCACUGUGGGUGGGGCCACCCCCCUGGGCGGUGGGCGGGGCCACCCCUGGACAGGUGGUCCUGAAAAGCGGGCAGAGAGAGGCAUUGGGAGCAAAGCAGUAAGCAGCACUCCUCCAUGGCCUUGGCUUCAGUUCCUGCCUCUGUGAGUUCCUGCCCUGACUUCUCUCAGUGACAGUGUGACCUGAGAGUUGUAAGACAAAUAAAGCCUUUCCUUCCCAAGUUGCUUUUGGUGAUGGCCUCUAUGGCAGCAAUGGAAAACUAAGAUAAUAAAAACUUUUGGUAAUCUG